CGUUUGUUCCCAUGGCAACAGAUAACAAACACUUUCAAUUUAUCAAGAUAACGUCGUGAAGUCGUCGAGUUUAUGAGUAAGCUAGUGACAUUUAUAAUAACUAGAUUAAAAAAAUUAGCUUGUAAACAGCCUUCGAAACGUGUUGACAACGAACUAGAAACGUAACCGUUUAACACAACUAUUUUUUUGAGACUAACGUUAGCUGUAAUUCAUUCUCUGUUGCCCUGUUGCCCAGUAACCGAGGACCAUGAGACCGGGAUCCAGCUCCACCAACUCAAGGAGCAGCUCCUACACCCGCCGGUACCGUCUGCGGGCCCCCACCUCUCAGGUGGAUGAAACCCUGUUUGGGAGCCCCAAACCGACAUCACCCCAGUUAGACAAUCAUGGAAAGUCAGCCACCAAGGCUCCAAAGAGUCCCUCCAGGAAGAAUCAAGAAGGAGAGACUGUUCAGAUCGUUACCAAAGACCUCAUUCGCCAACUCAGGGUCCCAUUUAAAGAUCCUUCCGGAGAGUCCAUCAUCCUACCAUCAGCUGAGUUUGAGCGGAUCACUUCAACAUCCCACGUUCUCACCAAGGAGGAGCGGGAGGCCCUGAGAGAGGCAUAUCAGAGGAAGAAGGAAGAGGAACUUAGAGUUGCAGAGGAGCAGAAACGUCAGAUCUUUGAGGCAGACCUGUCCCGUAAGAAGAACCAUGUACUGACCGAGCUGGAGUUAGAGGCCCGGGACCGUGCAGGGCACCUGGUGGAGCGGGCCAACGCCUUGAGGAUGGAGCAAGAGGAUGAGAUCAAAAAACUCAAUAAUCUGAUUCUGGGUGCUCAGUGUCAAGCUGUACGUGAUGAUCAGAUUCGUGAGAAGGAACAGAUCCAGGCAGAGUUGUUAGAGGAGGAGAAGCGACUGGAUGCCAUGAUGGAAGUGGAGCGCCGCAAGGCCUUGGAGACGAUGGAGGAGAUCGAUGAGCUGCACAGACAGCAGAGGAUCAGUGGAAUGCAGAGAAUUUACGACCAGAUCCGCCUACGUAUGGAGGAGAAGCAACUGGAAGACAACAUGAAAGAGCAGAAGAGACAGCAGAUUCGAGAGAACCUGGAGAAAAUGAACCUGGAAGACCUCCAGGCCCUGGAGAAGAAGAAAGAGGAGCAGAGGCGUCUGCAGGAGGAGAUCAUGCGUAUCAAUAACGAGACGGUGCGGGCCAAGGAGCAGAGGAGGGAGGAGGAGAAGCUGGCCGACAUGAGAGACAUGGAAUACAUCAAAAACAAAAUGGAGCGUGAGGCUGAAUAUGAAGCAGAGCAGAGACGAAUCAAGAAGGAGAAGGAGCUGGAGAUUGCCAGGCUGAGGGCACGGCAAGAAAAGGCUAAAGAAUACAAGGCAGAGCAGGAUGAGCUCCGUGCCCGGAGAAACCAAGAAAGCGCCGACAGAGAGUGGAGGAGAAAACAGAAAGAGCUCGCUGCAAAGAAAGCUCAGGAGGAAGCCCUGCUGAGGGCAGCUCGUUCUGAGCAGGUUCACUGCAAAGAGCACUUCCUGUCCAUCGAGGCUGGCCGCGAGAAGGCAGAGUUUGAGAGGGUGCUGAAGGCACAACAGGAAGCAAUAAUCAAACAGAAGGACCAGGAGGAGAAACAGCGUCAGCAGGCACAGCGUCAUGCAGAGGCCAUCAAACAUCAGGUGAAGGAACGUGAGCUCUCAGCCAUUGCAAAGCGCAGAGAGAUCUUCAAGGAGGCCGACCGGCUGGCUGAGGAGGCCCAGCAGAGACGAGUUCGCCUCGAUGAAAUCAAAGAGAAGAAGCUGAAGGAGCUGAAGGCUACAGGUCUCUCCGAAAAAUACUUUGUUGAGGUGGAAAGGAAGGCCCGGACCGGUGCACUCUGAGUCACUAGACUGGAUUCAAAUGGUCACAUUUUAACACAUUUCAAGUAUUAAUGUAUGAAGAUAUAUAACAAUGUACCAAUAAAGUUUGCCUUUGACACUUUAAA